AUGAUGGACUUCCUGUCCUGCCUCGCCUUCUGUAUUAUCGGAUCUAUCAAUGCCAUCAAUCCAGUGCCACCAACUGAGCCACCACUGAUCCAAGACCACCCCUUUGUUGUUAUAUGGAAUGCCCCUAUCACCCACUGUCAACAACUUGAAAUCCCAUUGGACUUCGCUGCCUUCAAGGCAGUAAGCACACCCGCUGCGGUGCCUGAUCAGUUCGUCACUAUGUUCUACGAGAACCGCCUUGGCCUCUACCCUAAGUUUGACAAUGAUACACACAAUGGUGGAGUCCCGCAAAAUGGGAACCUAAGAGGUCAUCUGUCCAAGGCCCGUAGUCAGAUUCAUUACUACAUCUCCCAGAAGUCCUCUCAUGGGCUGGCUGUCAUUGACUGGGAGUCCUGGCGCCCCCUAUGGGACCAGAACUGGGGAUCAAAGCGUAUUUAUCAAAAAUUGUCCAUCAGUCAGGCCCGGCAGAUCGCUCCAUCAUCAAAUAUUAUAUCCCAACUGGCAAAACAACAGUUCCAAGAGGCUGGGUGGCGCUUCAUGGAGAAGACCAUUCACCUCGGCAUCAGCCAGCGUCCAAACCGCCGCUGGGGCUUCUACCUCUUCCCUGACUGCUUCAACUAUGGGUGGGAGAAGCCUGACUACACAGGGGAGUGCUCCAUGAAGACCCAAAACCAGAAUGACGAGAUGAUGUGGCUGUGGGAGUGCAGCACUGCCCUCUUCCCCUCCAUUUACCUCCCCAAAAGUCUGAUGAACUCCCCCAAGACUAAGCUCUUUGUCCGCAACCGUGUUCAGGAAGCACUGAGGGUAGCCACACUGCCGAAACAUCCAUACACAAUGCCAAUCUAUGUCUUCUCCAGGCCACUCUACCGUGGCCAGACCGAGACGUUCGAGAGCAAGAUGGACCUGGAGAACACUGUUGGAGAGUCUGCAGCUCUGGGAGCUUCAGGGGUCAUAAUGUGGGGAGCAACCAACGACUACAAGAGCAAGGCUGCCUGUAAGUCUCUGUCCGAGUACCUGACAUCCACCCUCAACCCGUACAUCGCCAAUGUGACAGCAGCUGCCAUGCUCUGCAGUGAGGUCUUGUGCCAGGGGAAGGGCCGCUGCAUCAGGAAGAGCUACAACUCCCCCCACUGCCUGCACCUGAAUCCAGCGAACUUCUGUAUCAAACAAGUUGACGGGAAGUACGUGGCGACUGGUCAGCCGUCUGCUGCUGACCUGCAUGCCUGGGCUGAAAACUUCACCUGUCAAUGCUACGCGGGGUGGAGCUGUUCACCUCAUUUGGUGCGUCCAGCUGAGAUCAAAACCAUCUGGAUUUAAUCUGUUUAUGGUUUUCAUAAUUAUGCCCGAUUGCAUUGUUCAGUCAUUAACACAACUAAAACAUUUUUUUUGUUUGAAAUGUGACAACAACAGAAAAGAACUUAACUCUGUUGAAUUUGUUGAUAGAAUUCUCAUUUCAACUCUGAGAAAAAAAUAUUCUGACUGAUGACGACUAAAUGAGGUAUGAAUUUUUGGGGGGUUUCUGGAUUUGUUUUUUUGAUUUUGGUUUUCUUAACAGGUGCCUAAGCCUAUCACACUGAACUCAGCCCCAGACUAGUCAU